CUCUGCCGGCCUCUAUUUUUAUCCCUCUGACACACCUCCUGUGUCCACUUCUCUGUCUGUCUGUCUCUCCCCCUCCUGCUUCCCCUCAGGUCCCAGCUCCUGGUCCCAAUUAGUUGGUGGCGGCCAAGGCAAAGGCAGGGCCCCCACUCCUGGCUCCUCAUUACCGCUGGCGGCUCCUAAUGAGCCUGAGGGGAGGGGGGGCCGACCCGGUGCCCCCAGCCCCCUGGUCUGCGUCACUGCCCGCUGCGGGGGCUGGGGAGGCGAUAUAAGGGGGCUGCAGCCCGGCUGUCCGAGCCCACUGCGCGGUAGCGGGCCCUGCAAAGGCGCCCAGGAGGUGGGUGGGUGGCGGGGUCCGGGGUUCUGGGCCAGGACGUGGGCCUCACUGAGCUCUCUCGUCCCUGUCUCUCCACAGGUGAUGGAGACCCGCCAGGUGCCCAGGAGCCCCCGGGUGCGGCGGCUGCUGCUGCUGCUGUCGCCGCUGCUCCUCGUGCCCUGGGGCGACCGCACUGCCUCGGGAGUCGCCCUGCCCCCCGCCGGGGUCCUCAGCCUCCGCUCCCCCGGCCGGGCCUGGGCGGGACCGGCCACCCGGCCGGCGCGGCGGAGCCUGGCGCUGGCGGACGACGCGGCCUUCCGGGAGCGCGCGCGGCUGCUGGCCGCCCUCGAGCGCCGCCACUGGCUGAACUCGUACAUGCACAAGCUGCUGGUGCUGGACGCGCCCUGAGCGCCGCGCCCGCCCCGCUUAAAUAAAGAUCCUGCAGAGCGCUCGGGUCUGCGCCUCCUUCCUGCGCCCAGGGUGUGUGUGCGGGAUACGCGGGCGGGACUUGCGUCGCUACUCCGGCGUAUCUCGUCCCCUCAGUCCCCUCUCUCUUUUCUCGCCCCCCCCCCCCAAUCAUCUUUCCCUCCCUCCACUCCUAUUCUCUGUCUGCGUUUCUGCUCUGCCCUCCCUCCAGGCCCCAGCUCUGUC